GCCCACUUCGCCUGCCCGGCAGCUAUGGCCGCCGUCGGGCUGAGGCGGCUGAGCAGGGCCCUGGCUGUGGCCCUCAGCCGCACCGCGGCGGCGAGAGCCGGGCAGCCGAGCCCGGAGUCGGGAGCCGCGAAAUCGGGAGCGGGGCAGCCGAGCCCGGAGUCGGGAGCCGGGCAGCCGAGAGCCGGGCAGCCGAGCCCUGCGGAGCGGCUGACGGUGCGGAGGCAGGCAGAGGGCGUCCGAAACAUUAUCCUAAACAACCCGAGGAAAAGAAACGCCCUGUCCCUCGCCAUGCUGCAGUCCCUCAGGGAGGAUCUGCUGCACGACGUCAAAAGCCAAGACCUCCGAGUUAUCAUCAUCUCAGCUGAGGGACCUGUCUUUUGUUCUGGACAUGAUUUAAAGGAACUGUCAAGUGAAGAUGGUGUGAAGUAUCAUUCCCAAGUAUUUGAAAUAUGUGCAGAGGUUAUGACUUUAAUCCAGAAACUUCCUGUACCAGUGAUUGCCAAAGUAAAUGGCUUGGCUACAGCAGCAGGCUGUCAGCUUGUGGCAAGCUGUGACAUUGCUGUGGCAAGUGAGAAAUCUCAAUUUGCUACUCCUGGAGUAAACAUUGGACUGUUUUGCUCCACACCAGCUGUGGCCUUGGGCAGGUCCCUUCCAAGAAAGGUGGCAUUAGAGAUGCUUUUCACUGGUGAACCUCUUUCUGCCCAAGAAGCAUUAAUGCACGGGCUUGUCAGCAAGGUGGUGCCAGAAGACAAGCUGGAAGAAGAGACCAUGAAAAUCUCUAACAAGAUCUGUGAAAGCAGCAAAUCCAUCCUGGCACUGGGGAAAGCCACCUUUUACAGACAGAUGGCACAGGACCUCGAUACUGCUUACAAAAUGACCACUCAGGUCAUGGCAGACAAUUUGACUUUGAGAGAUGGGCAGGAAGGUAUUGAAGCCUUUAUUCAGAAACGUAAACCUGUCUGGUCACACUCUCAGGAUAAGAAGAAAUGAAUCUUGCUACUCUUGCCUCAGCUGUGCUUUAUGAUUCUUCACACCGUUGCCUUUGGGAAGUAUAUCUUUGUUUUACUUAAAGUUAAAUUUCUCAAUACGUGCCAAAGCCACAAUAAAUUUAUUCUAUGUAUAUAAUAAAUGUUAAGAAAAAUUGAACCAAA